AUGUCUGUGGCGGAACUGAAGGAGCGGCACGAGGCUGCGACAGCAGCCGUGGACUCACUGAGGGAACGGUUAAGGCAGAAGCGGCAGAUGCUCCUCGACAAUGACCGUAUGAUUUUCUCACGCGAACUCGUAUUCCCUCGGUUUGCGCAUUUCUGCGCCAUAGAUAGUUCAGUGCGCGUGUUUUCCUUCUUUUCAGUUGUUGGUUACUCGAGAACGCAGGGUAGAGCUGCCAUCAGCUUCAGCUCCACAGAUCUGGUUUGCUGUAGGACGCUUCAAGGCCACACGGGGAAGGUAGACCUCGGCGUCUCCUGAUGGUUUGCUUUUGUGUACAAAUCAGUGUUUUUUCCGUAUCUGUUAAUGCUGUCACGUAAUAGGUAUAUAGAGAUAAAGAUGUAUAUUGGCAUAUUUUCUUUGUAAUUUUCGGAUGUUCAAGAAUUAUUUUAUCCAUACUGUUCUGUCCAUGUUCUGUUACGUACACCUUGAUUCUUAAUGACUGAACAACUUCGAGAGGGCAAAUCAUCACUUACGAAGGGUAAUUAUUACUAUUUAUUCGAGCAUUGAUUCCAUUCUCAUAUUGUACUCUCUCCCUGGACUUUUGCUUUCCAUUACUGAGUGAAACGAGCAAAUGACAGUAAUUCCAAGUGAACAAACAAUUUCAGGAUUGGUAAUUAUGAUAAAAGUGAUUAUUAUAAGAGAAUCGUCUUUCUGUGAUUUGGAAAAUAAUUAUGGCCAAAACUGGGAUCAUUUACUUCACAAUUGUUGCUUUAUUAAUUUUGUCUUGAAUUUGAGUUCCCACAGUAAUGGGGCAUAUGUAUGCAUAGUACUAAAAAAAAUGGUCUGCUUGAUGAAAAUUUUCGUGAGCAGCGUGAUGAGGUUGUCCAUUUUCUUAGGCUGACUGAAUAAUCGAGUUCGUGAUUUCCUUCUAUGCCUGUCCGAGUAAUAGGAAGACAGGUUGAUAAUGGACUGUGCUCUGAUGUUGGAAAUAGACAGUAGGUAUACAUUUCCUUCAUUUUCUGGAUGACGUGAUUUCAUAUUCCAAGUCGGGUUAGCUAGUUGUUAUCGUUGAUAUUUAUUUCUUCGUGUCCGAAGGAGUAGUAAUUAAGGUAUAUUUAUGGGCAGUCCUCUUAUUUUGGUGAUUUUAUGCUUAGAUCCAGGUCUUUCUUAAGUUAAACUAUACUUCUGUAUUCAGAUAUCUAGUUAUAAUUGCAUAAAUAAUUAGUAUAUGGUUUGGAUAUAAUGAUUAUACAUAUCAUUUUCGCUUGCACUUAUUAGAGGCUUGGUUUUCUCCCCAAAAUUUAAGCUUUAAAUUUUCUCCCCAAAAUUCUGACUGAAGUUGCAUGUAUCAGGUGUAUUCUUUGGACUGGUCCCCUGAAAGAAAUAGGAUAGUUAGUGCGUCCCAGGAUGGAAGGUUAAUCGUGUGGAAUGCUUUAACCAGCCAGAAAACGCAUGCCAUUAAACUACCUUGUGCAUGGGUUAUGACUUGCGCCUUUUCUCCCAAUGGUCAGUCUGUUGCAUCUGGUGGUCUUGACAGUGGCUGUUCUAUAUUCAAUCUAAAUUUUCAGAUUGAUAGAGAUGGUAAUAUUCCGGUAGCUCGAUUCCUCAGUGGCCACAAGGGAUAUGUAUCCUCAUGCCAAUAUGUCCCCGAUGAUGAAACUCAUCUUGUCACUGGCUCUGGUGAUCAGACAUGCAUAUUAUGGGAUGUCACUACUGGUCAGAGACUUUCUGUUUUUGGAGGUGAAUUUCCGUCUGGGCACACGGCAGAUGUAUUGAGGUAUAAGAUCUGUCCCUCUGUCCAUUACUGUGAUGGGUUGUGUCAAUAUUUUGUAUGCAACAUGCAUUUUGCAUUUUUUUUUCUAUACUUUGUCUCUGGGUAUUUGCUUUAUAUGUUAACUCAGUUAUUUUCGUCUUUUUUUGGGGGGAAAAUUCAUAUUGAGUGUUUUCAUGUGAUAUUAGUACUUUCAAAAAAAAUCAACAGAGAAAAUUGUUCUCUUGCCUUUUUUAAUAUAUUUGAGAAAAUAUUUCCGUACAUUGUUUUGGGACCUGGAAAUGAAUUGGCCAUCAUAUGUUAGUUUAAUUGGAUCCUCCCUACUGAUUGGGUCAAUGUUGAUGCAUCAUUCUAACAAAGGAACACUCUUGACUAAUUGUUAGAAAAUGCUGUCACAUGUAAAAAUAGUUUAUAUCACAAUAAAGAAUUUACGAACUUGAAUAUGGAUUGAGGACCCUUAAGAAUUAACGAGAUGAAGCCUGAUGUGUGAGUUUCGAUGAUGAAACCUAUUGAAUAAGUUUAAAGUAUUAAGCUUGGUCAUAAUUCUAUGGUACGAAUUUCAAUUGAUAAGUUCAUUUGACUAAUUUAUGUGAUGAGAUCUAUUUGACAAGUUUUUGAGUUGACCCGCUUAUGUCUUUGGGAUGAGGCUGAAGCACAUUCGUUGCUUGUGUAGGAUACCCACUUAAUAAACUUAUGAGCUAUAUGUAUGCUUUAAUUUAUGCCAUUUGAGCUGCAUAGCUUUGUAAAGCCACGCUGUUGAUUAGAUACAUUCCUAGUAAUUCGUGCAAGCUCAUUAUUAUUGAGCCUUGUAGCUAGACACGGGAUGCACAUCAGAUCUACAAUCGCAUAAUGAUAUAUUCAAGUAUUAAAGUCUACGUUAGGUCUAAUAUACCCUUUGCUGUUACUGUGACUAUCGUUCUUCUCCCCUGCUGUAGAUAUUAUUUAAGCUGGAUUUUCUGUGUGGGCAUUACAAAAUCCCUCUUGCUAUCUUUUUUCACUUCAGCAUCUCAAUCAACGGUUCAAACUCAAAGAUGUUUGUCUCGGGAUCAUGCGACUCAACAGCCCGGCUGUGGGACGCCCGGAUAGCCAGUCGGGCUGUCCACACGUUCCACGGCCACAAAGGUGACGUCAACACCGUUAAGUUCUUCCCCGAUGGCCAGAGAUUUGGAACAGGAUCAGAUGAUGGCGCAUGCCGGCUGUUUGAUGUUCGGACCGGGCACCAACUUCAAGUGUACCAACAACAGCAGCAGCAAGGAGACAACAGUGCUGAUUCUCCAAUCGUCACUUCCAUUGCCUUUUCUAUAUCUGGAAGACUAUUAUUUGCAGCAUAUUCUAAUGGGAACUGCUACGUUUGGGACACCUUAGUUGGCAAGGUACGCAGCUUUUUUCUCAUAUUCACAUGAACGUUUAUAUAUACAUAUAUAUAUAUAUAUAUAUGACAAUGGGCCGGGGCCAGGCCCAUGACUGGCAGCACGGCCCAGGAACGCCAGAAAACGGGCUUUUCCCUGGGCCUGUCUCAGAUGAGCAUGGAUCUGGGCCAGACCUGGUUUCUCUCUCCGGGCUUUUUUUAGGCCCGAUUGUUGAAAAUCCGGGCUGGGCGUCUGUGCUUGCUGGGCUCGUUGACCUCCUGGGUUCCUUGGAGAUUGAUUGACUCUUCAUCUUUGCUUCUUUCAGGUUGUGCUUAACCUGGGGGCCGUUCAGAACUCGCACGAGGGCCGGAUAUCUUGUCUGGGAUUGUCUGCCGAUGGGAGCGCACUAUGCACGGGAAGCUGGGACAGAACCCUGAAGGUCAGCGCCCUCCCUCAUAAUUCAACCACUAGUUCGAGGAAGACCUCAACUCCUUGACAAGAAUGCAUUUUGGGCAAAAAAGGGGACCUUUAGAAUUUCCUCCUAGUCGAUAAAUCAUUCUGUCUUUAGAAGUCCGUGCGAUUGCUACAUCAGAGAAGACCAGAACUCCCGGAUUAGAAUGCAUUCUGAACAAAAGAGGAGACAUUUAGAAUUCCCUCCUGAUCAGCAAGUCAGCACUCUCCCUCAUACUCUAACGCCUAGUUUAAGGAAGAACUCGACUCUUUGACUAGAAUGCAUUUAGGGUAAAGCAUGGAACCUUUAGAGUUCCCUCCUAGUCAACAAAUCAGUCUCUCUUUAGAUGUCCGUGGGACUGCUACAACAGAGAAGAUGAGAACUCCCAAACUAGAAUGCAUUCUGGACAAAAGAGGAGACCUUUAGAAUUCCCUCCCAGUCAACGAAUCGGUCUCACCAUUCGAAGUCCUCAUGAUCGCUAAAUCAGGGAAAACCUGAGCUCCCUGAUUAGAAUGCAUUCUGAGUAAUGAGAAAGAGUAUUUCCUCCCAGUCCGUGAAUCAGUUCCGCUCUUUAUAAAUCCAUGUGAUUGCUAGGUCCUAGAGGACCUGAACUCCCCGAUUGUAAUGCAUUAUGAGUUAUCGGGGACCUUUGCACUUGCAUUCCAGUCCAUGUAUUCGGUUUCUCACUCUUUAGAAGUUUGUGCUAUUGCCAGAUCAGAACACCCUUAUCAGAAUGCAUUUUGAGGAAAAGGGGGCCUCAGGCUUCCUGCCAGUCCUUUCGUCAGUCCCACUCUUUUGAAAACUAAAAUGUAUGAUUAGAAUGCAUUCCGUGUAGGAGAGGACCUAUAAGGGUUCCCUCCUACUCCAUGUAUCAGCCUCACUCCUGAGAAGUGUGCGCGAUUACUUGUUCAUGGAGGACCUGAACUCUAUGAGUGGAAUGCAUUCCAAGAAGGAGAGGGCUUUGAGGCUUCCCUCACUUCUCAGAAGCUUGCGCGAUUGCUUGUUCCAGGAAGACCCAAACCCCGUGUCUAGAAUGCAUUCCGAGUGAAAGGGUCUCUGAGACUUUCCUUCCUAGUCCUUGAUCAGCCUCAUUCCUUAAAAAUCCAUGGUUCCAACGAUUAUAAUGCAUUCUGAUUGGUAAGAAUGGACGCCCCCACCCCCCCGGUCUCACGAAGAAGUUCAUGUUUUCAGCAAUCGCGAGUUCUGGGUAGGCGUGAACCUUCAUUAUUAGAAUGCAUUCCCUCAACUGCAACUGAGACAUGAAGUUGGUUCUUGUUUGAUUUUUAUUGAUUUCCCAAACUCUCUCUUCUCGCAGAUCUGGGCUUUUGGUGGUCACAGGAGGGUGAUGUAG